AUGGUCAAUUGGAGUCCAGCGAAGACUGUAGAUGAGGAGCUAUUCAUGACACAAUAUCGUGGCGAGGAUCCGGCAAACCCUGCUUGCCUGACACUUCUAAAUGCGAUAAUGCUGGUAGGAGCCCACGCUCUAGCAUCGCAUGAUGAGACGAUGGUUCCCCUUCUUCGAGUUUUUUUUCAGAGGACAAAGACUCUUUUCGAGUGUGAAUCUUGGCCUGACAGGCUUGUCUUCAUUCAAGUGCCUUUGCUAAUGACGUGGUAUUCCGACGCCAAUGCAUGGUAUUGGAUUGGCAUCGCUACCAGAACAGCUAUGGCGAUAGGACUGCAUCGAGAUACCAGCCACUCUAAGAUGAUGCCUGUUUACAAACGCGUAUACACUCGUCUGUGGUGGGUCCUGUUCCAGUUCGAUACGAUUGCGUCUGUGUCCGCUGGACGACCUCAAGUUAUCAACCUCGAUGAUUCCGAUGUACCAGAUCUCCAACCUUGCCACGUCGAAAAUCUUCCUAGGGCAGAGAUCGAGUUUGUCAUAUUUUAUGCACAGCUGUGCAAGAUUAUAUCCGAGACGACAAGGAAGGGUUGGUCACUUCGUGCGACGCCAGAGGCAAAACUCGAAGCUAUUAAAAAGGCUGAUGAGUUACUCGGAUUGCUCAACCUUUCAAUUCCGAAAAGACUACAAUUGGCGACUUCUUGUCUUGAUAUAUGGCAAGCCCAUUUUUAUCUCACUUACUACAACUUUGUUUUAUUGAUCCAUCGACCUGCGCCGAAAUCCAGGAAGAAUGGAUCUAUGGACGGACAAGAGGAUGCCAUCCUCUGUAGAGAAGCCACAGUCACCAUUGCAUCCAUGUUCGAAGCUCUAAUGAGCAAGAAGCUCAUUUCUUCUCUAUGGCUGUAUAGCAACCAUGUUGUAUUUACUGCAACAAUUCACAUCAUCAACGAGAUCAGCACAAACAAGACCUUACUAGCGGCCAAGUCUCGACAAACCCUACACACGUUCUUGGAAGUCUUGCAAGAGCUUGCAAAAUACUGGAAUUAUGCAGGAGGCCUGUUGAAGGUCCUUGAGCAAAGAGCGUCAAGGUCGAGAGGGGGCCGAGUGCACGCGCCAGGGGAAGCAAGUCUAAACUUGCAGAUCGAUGGGCCAUCGUUUGAACAGCCAACGGGGGUUUCAUCAACCUGGAGUAACAGCGACAAUGCCCUACCAACUGAUCCGAACGUAGAAUUGACUGACGCUGGUUUCAACACUUACACAGCGACUGGCCCACCAAACAUUCCUAUCGAUAUACUUGGGGGCAGUCAGGAUCCGAUAUUCAAUGAUCUGUUCUUGAUGGAUACGUCAGCGUUUGACUUUCUCUUUAGCGAGAAUAUUAGCUAG